UGUCGCAUAUUACUUGCCAUAUAGAAAAUUCCGAGGUGAAUAAGCUCCAAAUAAAGCCUUCCCUCACCAACCACCAAACAGUGCUCUUCCCCACCCCAUAGGUUAAGCUCUCAGAUUCUUUACUCAAUUGCUGCUUGCAUGAAAAAAGCUGUGCGUCUUUUCUAGUUCCUUUACGUGAAAAUCUAUGGGUUCUUAUAUGAUGCCACCAUCCUUUUUUGCUUCCCUUCAUUUCUCGAUACACUUCCCUUCGUUGUCGAGAUUUGUAAGGAAUCUUUUUCUUUCUUCGUUUGUUUGAAGCUUGAUCUUCGUAAAGUACUUACUUUCUAUAGCUAGUUUUCGUUUUUUGCUUUAAUUCGAAGAAAAUGAGGGUGGCAAAGUCUCAGGUGUGGCAACCCUGCAAGAAGAAGAGGUCUUGAUGCACAAUCUCUAGGGACAGAGAGAGACGGAGGAUUUGCAUUUUGCAAUUUGAAAUAUUUAAUCGAAGGGAAUUGCAUUUCUAGGUAGAAAAAGUGAGAGUGACCGAGAAUUUGGAAUCUGUAGGGGAGGAUGAAGUCUCGAGGGAGUGCUGCGACUGGCAGUAGGACGCGCGUGGGGAUGUACGAGCUGGGAAGGACGCUUGGUGAAGGGACAUUUGGCAAGGUGAAGUUUGCUAGGAAUACAGAGACCGGAGAGAAUGUGGCGAUUAAGAUUCUCGAUAAAGAGAAGAUUCUCAAGCAUAAAAUGAUUAGUCAGAUUAAACAUGAAAUUUCAACAAUGAAACUAAUUAGACACCCAAAUGUGAUCCGUAUGUAUGAGGUGAUGGCAAGCAAGACAAAAAUAUACAUUGUUUUGGAAUUUAUUAUUGGCGGUGAACUUUUUGAGAAAAUUGCGAGUAGAGGGAGGUUGAAAGAGGAUGAAGCAAGAAAGUAUUUUCAGCAGCUUAUCAAUGCUGUAGAUUACUGUCAUAGCAGAGGCGUGCACCAUAGAGACCUAAAGCCUGAAAAUCUGCUUCUGGAUGCUAGAGGAGUUCUUAAAGUUUCAGAUUUUGGAUUAAGUGCCCUACCUCAACAAAUUCGAGAAGAUGGGUUACUUCACACAACAUGUGGAACACCAAAUUAUGUUGCUCCUGAGGUUAUAAAUAAUAAAGGCUAUGAUGGAGCUAAGGCAGAUUUAUGGUCAUGUGGUGUGAUUCUUUUUGUCUUAAUGGCUGGUUACUUGCCUUUUGAAGAAUCCAACCUUAUGGCUCUCUAUAAAAAGAUAUUUAAGGCUGACUUCACAUGUCCUCCAUGGUUCUCAUCAAGUGCAAAGAAACUUAUCAAAAGAAUUCUGGAUCCUAAUCCUUUGACAGUAUGCUCCCCUUGCUCAUUCUCUUAUAUAUAUGUGUAUGCAUUUGUGUGUCUCUUAAUUUACGGAAAGAAUGCAUCACUGAAUUAUGAUGCAUGCUAAUGGAAUGCAACAGCGUAUUACUAUUGCUGAGUUAAUUGAAACUGAGUGGCUUAAGAAAGGAUAUAAGCCGCCUAUUUUUGAACAAGCUGAAGUUAAUCUUGAUGAUGUGAGCUCUUUCUUCAAUGAA